AUGACCCGGCGCAUCAAUCUCAAGACGGACCUGGCACUGCUUCCGAUGCUCUCACUGCUCUACCUGCUCAACGGCCUGGAUAGAGGCAACAUCGGGAAUGCCCAAACUCAAGGCUUCACUGACGAUAUUGGGGCGCAACCCCGGGAUCUCAAUUUCGCCGUCCCGCUCUUCUUCAUCACCUUCGUCCUCUUCCAGCCGUUAUCGGCGACCGUGGACUGGUGGCUGGGGCCGCGGCAUUGGAUUCCCAUCAUGGAACUUCAGGGAGAUCCCGAGCAGAUAUCGUGGGGUGUGGUGACUGCUACGCAAGCCGUCAUCCAAGGACGAGCCGCUUUGAUUACGACACGCCUGCCCAUCGGAGUGCUUGAGGCCGGCUUCUACCCGACAGUCGUCAUGUAUCUGGAUCUCGGGCUGUUCUACAGCCAGUAUGCCAUUGCUAAUGCCUUCUCCGGAGCACUAUCCUAUGGUAACUUUCUCAUCCAUCAUCCUCGCCUCAAGCCCUGGCAGCUCCUAUUCGUUAUCGAGGGGUCUGCCACCUGCUGCCUGGCCGUGAUAAGCUGGUUCUGGCUUCCAGCAGGGCCGGGCACCGCAUGGUUCCUGACCAAGCAGGAACGAGCCUUCGCCUCGGACCGGGUGCGCUCAGGCUCUCCCGAUGACGGCGUCUCUCCAAAGCUCACCAGGAGGGAUGUGGUGGAGACAGCCAAAGACGGCAAGCUAUGGUUCGCGUUGCGCCUUUCCGUGUUUCUGCCGUUGGUGGUACGGGGAAUGGGAUACCGGACCCUCGAGGCGAAUCUGACGUCUGUGCCGCCUGCGGUAUGCAGCGCACUGGGCCUUUACCUGUUCGCAUUCAGUUCGGAUCGCCGGCAGGAGCGGGGUUACCACAUCAUGGCAGCCAUCGUGGUCUCCCUGGCCAGGCUGGUUGCCGUUGUGACGGCGCCAACGAGUGCAGGGCGGUAUGCGGCACUCUGUAUAUUCCUCUUCGGGGGUUACGUGCCGCCCCUGCUCACCGUUGCAUGGCACAGCGGCAACACACCCGCCGCGGGGAAGAGGGCCCUCGUGCUGGGCGCCAACGGCUGGGGGAACCUCGCCGGCGUCAUCGGGUCGCAGCUGUACAGGCCCGAGUACGCGCCCGAGUACAGGAAACCGUUUCUGGUGACACUGGGCUUUGUUGCGACGGCACUGGUCGGAUUCUUGGCGUACUGGGCCGCGCUGCAGACAGUAAACAGGCGGAGGGCGGCCGUCAUGAACUCGAAGACGCCCGAGGAGAUUGAGAUGGAACGAGCCAACGACCAGAGAUAUGCAGACCGCAACAGGCAACGAGGGGUGGAGACGAGACUCUUGUGA